UAAAAAUGAAUAUUGGUGCAUUACAUUAUGAUAUGUAAUGCACUGACAUUGAACAGUGAUUAACUUCAUACCAUGCAUGUUCCCUGUACACCGUGUGAUAUCACGUUUUGUUGUUUGCACCAUAAUACUUUGUGUGUAACUGGAACCUGUUGUACACAAACGUGGACAAUUACACUGCUUCAUGUUCAAAGAAAAAUAUUUGGUUAUUAUAUUCAUUGCUUCUUCCUAACCCCAAAAUAACUGGAAGAAAUCUAAAAUGCAAGCCAAACCAAAGGUCGGGUUUUAGGAGGUUAAUUUGUGUUCUGUGUAUAGGUAACCUAGUUUGUUUAGUCAGAUGAAAUACCAUGAAUCUAAAUUACAUUUGUAAUCAAAUAUUGACCUCAUGGAUAUCGUGGCAUGGCCCUCAGUGUGAAAGAUUGAUUCUGAUGAAAACUACAUUUAUCUUUACAGUGUUCACAGCAAUAUUUCUGCUAAAAAUGAUGUGAGCAAAAGUGAGGAGGCCCCAGCAAGCACGUAUUCAGGAUCAUCCAGCACCAGCCGUGACAAGGUCCAAUCUAAACAAAAGAAAACAGUCCGAGACAAACCUCUGGAGAAGUACCUCUUAUUAAAAGAUGCUAAAGGGAAAAAUUGAAAGCAGUGCACAGAAGAAAGAGGAGCACAGAAGGAGCGCUCUGCCAGUUUUUGGUCACACCUAUAGAUGUUUAUUAUAUACCAUUUUAUUUAGUUUUUUUUUUAUGUUUAUACAUUCAAGAAAUACAGUUGAACAUGUACAUUUCAUACAUAUGUUUAUUUGCACUACAGUUCACUUAGACUUCUAUCAUUGUGACUUUUUUGCUCUACAGCUCUGCCAGUUCUUGUUCACACAAAUUAAUGUUUAUUAUAUACCAUUUUACUUGUAGUAAAUUGAGGGCCAGCUGUAUAUGUUUAUGGCACCAUCUAGUGGACAUUCAAUAACAUUUUCUUGAGAGAGUAAUUAAAUCAGGCAUUGUUACUGGCCUUUAUUAGGACCCAGCUAAGGACCUCUGAUGAUGUCAUUUCAGUUGAGCCACAUGUGACAUGUUGAUAUGGAAGGAUGUUGUGCUGGUGACAAUCUGAUUGCAUCUACAUGGUUAUUUGCAUCAUCUUGUUGAUUUCAUGUUGUGUUUGCGUGCAUCAAAGAAACCAUACACACCUGUUCUGAUCAACAUAAGAUAUGCAAGACAUGAAGAUUAAACUGUUCAAUUUCUAUAAAGAGUGGUCUGUGAGUGGUGUGUGCACAUCUCAUCAAAGGGACAAAUAAUCGUAAAUGUUCUAACCGAGCAUUCUUUGGUGGUUGCAACCGGGUAGUAAACAGCACCUAAGUGACUGUUUUACAUUUAGAUGUUAUAAUAAGUAACAUGCGGUCCUUCGAGCCGGAUCAUGCAACUUCUAAAGUAUCAACAAAGUCAACACAUAGAGAGGAGAUUGGUGAUGCAACAGUACGUCCCCGUCGCAGUACACAUCUACCAAAUUACCUUAAAGACUAUGAAGUUAAUUAUGUGUCAGAGCAAAGAACUGCACACAUACCACCAGACCACUCCAACGAGGGAGAACAAUUAAUUGGUGCCACAGGAGGUAUGCCGCUGCCUCAGAAAGGACAUGUCACUCCAAAUCUCUCUGCAAAGCAUUCAUCACUGCUAUUCACACCAUCAAAACGGCUACCAAGUAACAAUGAGGAUCGAACCUCUACCUUACCACAAUCAGUAUCACAUAGUAUCAAAUCAACGGCAACAAGAGAUCAUAGGGAUCCACGUUACGACCAAGAUACACCAGUGAAACACAGUAAGGAGCAGUUACAUGUUCAAAGCCAGAAUGACAGGAUUGAUGAGAUUAUUGAUGAGCUUCAGAGAAUUAAGGUACAUUUCAAACCUCCCCUUUCCAUAUCAUCAUCACCAGAUCGUACAGCCAUCGAUUCUAGGGGUAAACAUGCUGACGAUUACCGCCAUCAUCCAAGGCAGCAUUACAGACAUGAUCACAGCCCUGAAUUCAAACCAGAGAGACCAUUUAUGCCUUACCGCCCUUUGUCUCCACCUAACCAAGAGAACUUUUACCGUGGUCCAACACCUACUAUUCCUUAUUUCGUAAAGGAAGAUCCACGUGAGUUUGCCAGGUUAAAAAUUGCCCUUGACAAUCUUUUGCCAACUGAUGCUACAGAGCGUUUCAAGUUUCAGAUACUGAUGGAUCAUCUGAAGCUGGAAGAGGCAUUACUAAUUGCUGAUUCUUAUAGUAAUAGCACAUAUCCAUACAGCUACACAAUGCAAGCUCUCACAGAACUAUAUGGGCAGCCUCAUCAAUUAGCGCUUCAGCGCAUCGCUGGACUGAUGGAUGGUCCAAGCAUAAGAAGUGGUGAUACUAGAGCAUUUAGACUUUUUGCACUGAAAGUUUGUGCAUUAGUUGGAAUGUUAGACCAGUUAGGAAGACAUGGCUAUACAGAAUUGACUUGUGGGUCUCACGUUUCCAGGCUCUUAGCUAAAUUGCCUCACGACCUCAGAGCAAACUUUAAGAGGUAUGUGAAUCCUCUAAAAACCCCAAUACCCACGUUACUCAACCUAGCAGAGUGGCUGGAAUAUGAGGUAAGGGUACAAGAAGAUGGUACUCAGUUUGGCACUGACCUAAGCAGAGAUAAACAGGGUACCCACAGAGAUAGACAGGGUCUCCACAGAGAACAACAGAGAGGACCAAAAGUCACUCACAAGUCCACAGCUAUCUUCCAUGGAAGUGAGCAAAGACAACCCCCCAAAGCUGAACACUUGCUAUAAUGCAACCGAGGAAGGAAAACCUUUGGAGAGACCAAAGAAGUUCUGCCCAUUUUGUAACACAACACAACAUUACCUGAAUCAGUGCUCAAACUUUAAGUUGUUGACCAAAGAACAGAUUGAGACAUGGAUUAAGUCCAAUCAGAGAUGUUGGAAAUGUGGGCGUGAUCAUCCUAUGGCUCAGUGCUCUCUAAAGGCUAAAUGCAAAAAGUGUCAAAGGAGACACUUAGAAGUCCUUCAUGAUGUCAAUACUGGAAAGAGUAAAUAUGUUACAAACCCAUCUGGAGAGAUUAUGCAUUCUACCAGUACUUCAGCAGAAACUUUGUAUGUCGAUCGGCCUACAGGUAGCAGUAAAGUGCUGCUAAAAAUGUGCAGAGUUAUCCUACGAAAUGGUGACAUGUCUUUGGACACAUACGCUCUUCUGGAUGACGGUUCAGAACGCACCAUACUUCUCAAUGAAGCAGCUCAGUAUCUCAACCUUCAUGGUAAUUCUGAAGAACUGUCUCUCCGCACAGUACGUCAGGACAUACGCAUUAUCCAUGGCUUUUCAGUCUGCUUUACAGUAUCUCCUGUCACACAACCAAACCGAAACUUUGACAUCAAAAGGGCAUUCACAGCUAAGGAGCUCGGGCUGGCACCACAUACAUAUCCAGUCAAAACCCUUCAAAAGAAAUAUUGUCAUCUUAGGGAUUUGCCUUUGCAGCCAAUUGAACAUGCACGACCACUAUUACUUAUCGGGUCAGAUUACCCACAGCUAAUAACCCCAGUUGAGCCUGUUCGAUUGGGUCCUCCCGGCGGUCCUGCGGCUGUGAAGACUCGUUUGGGAUGGACAUUGCAAGGCCCAUCAAAGUUUCUUGAACACAGUCUGAACACACAACAAUGCCUGUUUACAUCCAUAAGUUCUAUGCCUAAUGAUCUUUUCAGUCAUGUAGAGAAGUUAUGGCAGAUGGAUACCAUUCCAUACAGAAAUGAAAAGCUUGUAACACGAUCGAAGCAAGAUACCGAAGCUAUAAGUAUGCUGGAGAAGAAAACCAUCAGAGUUGAAGUAAAUGGAGUAAAAAGAUAUGCUACCCCACUCUUGUGGAAAACCAGUCUUCCACUUUUAGCUGCUCCUAAGGAAUCAGUACUGCCUCUCCUUCGAGGCACUGAGAAACGACUGUCACAGGACUCUGAAAAGGCACAAGCGUACAAGUCUGAAAUAAGCAAACUGUCAGAAGCUGGCUAUGUAAUGAAAAUUCCCCAAUCCACAGCUGAAGAAACACAAGGGUGGUACAUUCCUCACCAUAUGGUCCACCAUAACGGGAAGAACAGGAUCGUGUUUAACUGCUCCUUUAGUUAUAAGGGCCUGAGCUUAAAUGAACGCCUUCUCCCUGGACCUGUGUUAGGUGCAACACUGCUUGGAGUGCUUCUACGUUUCAGAGAGCAUACUGUGGCCUUCAGCAGUGAUAUCAAGGGAAUGUUUCAUCAAGUACAUCUCCUGCCAGAAGACCAAACAUUCUUGAGGUUUCUGUGGCGAGACUUGAAUCUAAACAACCCACCUGAUAUCUAUCAGUGGUCAGUUCUGCCUUUUGGCACUACAUGUAGCCCAUGCUGCGCAACAUUCGCUCUACAGAAACAUGUCGCAGACCACAGCCAACCUAACAGUGAUUUACGUACAGCAAUUGAGCAUUGCUUUUAUGUGGAUAACUGGUUACAAAGUAUUCCAUCUCUUGAGACUGCCAGAACACUAGUGGAUGACAUGAAACAUCUUCUUGCUGAUGGUGGAUUUGAACUGCGUCAAUGGGCUAGCAACACUCCACAACUGAUAAAUCACCUGCCUCAGGAGAUCAGAUCAGAAAGCUGUGAUCUGUGGUUUAGCUCAGACAGAGCAGACCCUCAAGAGCGCACACUAGGACUAAGGUGGCAAUGCAGAUCUGACACACUUGGCUACAAACAUAACCAUAAAGAGAAGGUAGAACCCACUAUGCGAAACAUAUAUCGCAUUCUCUCUAGCCAGUAUGAUCCACUAGGAUUCAUCAUACCCUUCACUACACGAGCUAAGAUCAUAGUUCAAAGGCUCUGGGACAAAAGGAGAGAAUGGGAUGACCCUGACAUACCUGCAGACCUCAGACAUGAAUGGAUCACAAUGGAUCAAAAUGAGCUCUCGCAGCUUCCUUCUGUCACAUUACCCAGGUGCUACACUACAAAGGUAGAUCCACUAAUUAGCUCAAGAAGUGUCCACAUCUUCAGUGAUGCCUCGGAGCGAGCAUAUGGCUCUGUUGCCUAUCUUCGCAGUGAAGAUGAGAAAGGACAAAUAGAGGUGGCAUUUUUGGCAGCUAGAUCCAGAGUAGCUCCAAAAAAGCAGCAAACAAUACCAAGGCUUGAACUCUGUGCUGCUCUAACUGGAGCUCAACUCUCAGCAGAUCUUAGAAGUGAGCUUACCCUGGAAAUUAGCAGUUUCAAAUUCUGGACUGACUCUACAACGGUUCUAAACUGGCUUCAGUCAGACUCAUGCCACUUCAAAGUAUUUGUAGGGACCAGGGUUGCAGAGAUCCAGGAACUUACAGACUCAAAGGCAUGGUCUUAUGUAAACUCAAAAGAUAAUCCUGCUGAUGAUAUUACCCGUGGCCUGUCAUUGGUUGAGAUUGCUGACCAAAAUCGUUGGUCUAAAGGCCCAGCAUUUCUGUGGAAACAUCCGACAUCUUGGCCCAAGUUACCCAAAUUGGAACAAACUGAUAAUUCAGAAGAACUACGAAAGCCAACCUCCUGCCACCUACUCACAACUCAUGCUGAACAGCAUCUAAUUGAUGUCACACAAUUCAACAGCUUUCAAGAAAUAGUAGAAGCUGUUACACAAUCCCUUAACGGGGCGGCCAGCGCUACUAACACUGUCACAGCUGAAACAUUCAGGAAAGCUGAACUAGAAGUGUUCAAAACAUCACAGAUGGAAAGUUUUCCUAAUGAGUACAUUCAGUUGCAAAAGGGGACUGCCAUCUCACCAAACAGUAGAUUAAUAGCAUUAAAUCCUGAGUUUGAUUGUGAUACACAAUUAAUUAUAGUAGGGGGACAACUUAGAAGAUGUGAACAGCUGAGCCCUGACAUUCUUCAUCCAAUUGUUCUAGACCCAACUCAUUCAGUAACUAAGCUGUUGAUUAAACAGUAUGAUGAGCAGCUACAUCACCCUGGUACAAAACGUGUUUUUGCUGAAAUCAGAAGGCGUUUCUGGAUUCUGAGAGGGCGACAAGCCAUUCGUUCAGUUCAACAUCACUGUGCAGAGUGCCGCAAAUGGCGUGGUAAACCAGAUGUUCCAAAGAUGGCAGACUUACCACCUUCCAGUUUAAGGCUCUUUAAACCUGCAUUCCACUCUACAGGCAUGGACUGUUUCGGCCCAUUUACCAUUAAAAUUGGGCGACGGAAUGAGAAACGUUGGGAGGAAAACCCUACGAGUUGUACUAUGACAGAGGAACCAAUUUUAGAGGUGGUGACAGUGAACUUACAGAAGCUUUCAAAAAUCUCAAUCCCCACUUACAAGUAG